AUGUUUCAAUUGACCAAUUUCCAUUUUGAAUAUCCAAAUGCCGAAUUUUUAUUAGCUACAUGUGGCUCAUCGAUUCAAUUGAAAUGUCCAAUGGGUGCAGACAAUACGUCGGUGACGGCAUGGUUUCGUCUAUUUGACAAUGCUUAUCCUCAACCAUUGUUUCUUGGGGAUAAGCAAUUGACAGAUGAUGAACGGUUUAUGUUGAGAAUUCAAAUCGGAAUGAGAGAUAAUACUGUCCAUCGUAACCUUGAAAUAAGUCAAUUGUACAAAGGGGAUGAAGGUUAUUAUAUUUGUAAAGCAGCGAAACAUAUAUAUGCCAGCUUCAAUGUGACCGUAAGAACUAGUUCGUGCAUAGAUAUUGUGCCAUCAUCAACAUACGUCACCAUUGGUGAUACAUUUCGUCUAACUUGUCGUAUUUGGGGUGUCGAAUUUAUUCGAUCGAUAUUUCACCCACACUCUUUAAAUAUUCAAUGGUAUCGAAAUGAACAUUUAUUAAAUAUGACUACACGUACAACACAAUACAGUACUCGAGAUUCAAAAACUCAUGACACUCUAGUUAUUAAUAAUGCUCAUCAAACAGAUUCAGGAAUAUAUAAAUGUAAAUAUGGGUGGUGGAAUACAACAGCACAUGUUACAGUAGCUUAUAAAAUGUCAGAUGCAAUACGCAAUGAAAUAACAUAUAAACGACCACUAGGUUUUAAAGUAGCCAAUUUACUCAAUAUUUUUGAAACAUGUUCCUCACGAGAACCUCAAUAUAUUCCAAGAACAAUCAAGACCGAAUUACGAGAUAAAACAUGUCCUAGUAAGUUUCACGUCUAUAAAUAUUAG